ACCGCCUCGGAGUGGGAGAAUCCUCUGGACAUCACCGCUGACUGGGAUUAGAUUGAAUGAGUUUGCUAUAAACAGCUUGUCUUACAUAACAGCUAGUAAUUCAGCUGGCACGCUGACUGUGAGCUAGCUGCCUCAUUUAUUCUCCGAACAAAGGACAGUGUUAAUUACAUUCCUCACAUUGGAAUAGAGCGCCACAGUUAUAUUUUAUUCCUCGCUGAGUGUCAAGUGCGGCGGUCACAGAGUAGCCUGCAACAGAAGUGAACUGGAGAGCGCUCAUUAUGUCAGUAGUAGGUAUUGAUGUGGGUUUCCAAAAUUGUUACAUCGCUGUGGCCAGGAGCGGUGGCAUUGAAACCAUUGCCAAUGAGUACAGUGACAGAUGCACGCCGGCUUGUGUAUCUUUGGCCUCCAAGAACCGCAUCAUUGGAAAUGCAGCCAAGAGUCAAAUUAUAACAAACUUCAAAAACUCAGUCCAUGGCUUUAAAAAGUUCCACGGCAGAGCAUUUGAUGACCCAUUUGUCCAGGGCGAAAAACCCAAGCUGCCUUACAGCUUGCAUAAGCUGGCCAAUGGUAGCACUGGCAUUAAGGUGCGCUAUUUGGAUGAGGACAAAGUGUUCACAGUUGAGCAGAUAACAGGAAUGCUCUUGACUAAGCUGAAGGAGACGUCUGAGAGCGCCCUGAAGAAGCCGGUGGUUGAUUGUGUCAUAUCGGUCCCAGGUUUUUUCACCGAUGCUGAAAGACGAUCUGUAUUUGAUGCAUCUCAGAUUGCAGGACUGAACUGUUUGCGUUUGAUUAAUGAUACCACAGCAGUGGCUUUGGCCUAUGGAAUCUACAAACAGGACCUUCCCACCCCAGAGGAGAAGCCUAGAAAUGUAGUUUUUGUAGACAUUGGACAUUCUUCAUACCAAGUCUCCAUCGCUGCCUUUAACAAAGGCAAACUUAAGGUCCUUGCCACAGCAUUUGAUCCUUACCUCGGUGGGCGUAAUUUCGAUGAGGCCCUGGUGGAUUACUUCUGUGACGACUUCAAAGGCAGGUACAGACUCAACGUGAGGGAGAACCCCAGGGCUCUCCUGCGGCUCUACCAGGAGUGCGAGAAGCUGAAGAAGCUGAUGAGCGCCAACUCCUCUGACCUGCCUCUGAACAUAGAGUGCUUCAUGAAUGACAUUGAUGUUUCCGGCAAGAUGAAUAGGGGCCAAUUUGAAGAUUUGUGUUCUAAGUUUCUGUCGAGAGUGGAGGGGCCUCUGAAAGCAGUUUUGGAGCAAUCAAAGCUGAGCCGGGAUGAAAUCUAUGCUGUGGAGGUGGUGGGAGGAGCCACGAGAAUCCCAGCUAUCAAAGAGAGGAUCGCCAAGUUCUUUGGCAAAGACAUCAGCACCACGCUGAAUGCAGAUGAAGCUGUUGCUAGAGGCUGUGCACUUCAGUGUGCAAUUUUGUCCCCAGCGUUUAAGGUGCGGGAAUUCUCCAUUACCGAUGUGGUUCCCUUCCCAAUUACUCUGCGCUGGAAAUCACCUACAGAUGACGGAGUCGGGGAGUGUGAGGUGUUCAGUAAGAAUCAUGCCGCUCCCUUUUCGAAAGUAAUCACCUUUCACAAGAAGGAGCCCUUUGACCUUGAAGCCUUCUACAGCAACCCUCAAGAGCUCCCAUACCCGGACCACAGGAUAGGAUGCUUUUCUGUACAGAAUGUGGUUCCACAGCCAGAUGGAGACAGUUCCAAAGUGAAGGUCAAAGUUCGUGUCAAUGUCCAUGGCAUCUUCAGUGUAUCCAGUGCCUCUCUCAUUGAGAAGCAGAAAGGAGAGGGAGAGGACAUGCAAAUGGACACAGAGCCCCUGGUACAGAAUGAAGGCAAACCAGAGGACCAGACAAAAAUGCAGGUGGACCAAGAAGGCCAAAACCAGGGAGACCAGCAGAAUGAAGAUCCCAGUUCCUGCAGUAAGGAGGGGACCUCUGGGGAAAAGCAGGACCCAGCAGCAGGGGGAAGCAAGCCCAAAGUCAAGGUGAAGAGCACUGAUCUGCCCAUCAUGGCCAACACCAUACGACAGCUGGACAGGGAUGUCCUCAAUAACUUUGUGGAGUAUGAGGGCCAAAUGAUUGUCCAGGACAAACUGGAGAAAGAGCGAAAUGAUGCUAAAAAUGCUGUUGAGGAAUAUGUGUAUGACUUGCGGGACAAACUCUGUGGGAUAUAUGAAAAGUACAUCACCGAGGAGGACAGCAGCCGACUGACGCUGAUGUUAGAGGACACAGAGAACUGGCUGUAUGAGGAGGGAGAGGACCAACCCAAACAAGUCUAUGUGGACAAACUGGACGCGCUCAAGAGGUUUGGGCAACCCAUUCAGGAGCGGCACAGAGAGAGUGAGGACAGGCCGAGGGCUUUUGAAGAGCUGGGCAAGAAACUGCAGCUGUACAUGAAGGCCGUGGAUGCUUAUAAACAGAAGGAUGAGCGAUAUCUGCAUUUGACUGUUGAGGAAAUGAGCACUGUGGAGAAGUGUGUAGGUGAAAGCAUGGGUUGGCUGAACAGCAAGAUGAAUGCCCAGAGCAAACUCGCCAUUACUCAGGACCCCAUUGUCAAAGUAGCAGACGUCAUUGCCAAAAUACAGGAACUGGAGGAUAUAUGCAAUCCAGUGAUCAACAGGCCGAAGCCGAAAGUAGAGGAGGUGGCGGACGAGAAUGAUAAAAACAGUGGAGCUCACAAUGGUCCGACAGCAAAGCAAGGGGCAGAGGGGAAGGGAGACACCAAAGGGAGCCAGCAGACAAAGCCUGGCUCAGGAGAGAUGGAGGUGGACUGAGACCUCUGUCCAACACCAGACGCUAAGAACACCACUCCAGUUACCAUCUCUGACCAUUUAGACAGUAGAAACAUAAAUACCUGGGACCAUCUCUCCAUGUUUACCAGCCACUCAGCAGGGUGUUUUGUGCAUUGUUUUUCAUGUCCCUCUGUUGGACUUCCCUUUUGAAUUUUUUGUUUUAACCUCUUUACCCUUGUGUGUGACAAUGGUGUGCUUUACUCUCUUAAAGGUUUGAUAUACUUAAUAAACGGAAGAAUGACAAUGCAAGAGAUUACACUGAUUCUGAAGUAAAACCGUUGUUUCUGUACCAUACAGGCAGAUAAACUUUUGCGUUUGCAUUCCUAUGUCUUGUAAACGUCCAAUAUCAGCAGUAAAUCCCAUCACUCAUAACCUAAGAGAAAUAGAAAGUGCUGUUCAAACAGUUGCAAUGGCUGAUCAAUUUAUUAGUAUGUAUGCAAUAAUACAUAUUAUAUAUAUAUUUGUAUUUAAUGAGUUUGUUCAUGUCUGGAAAAUGUAAAUACUAUUUUAGUAAUUUAAAGCAGCCAGCACAUAUAGUAUAUGUAUAUAAAUAACACAUUCCUAGUGUUAUAAUGGUAAUGCUUGAUGCACCAGAUCUCUUAGGUAGUGAUUGGCUGCCUGUUUCCUUUAUUUGUUUUCAUGCAUUUUCCAUAUUUAAGUCAUGGGAUUUAAAGAUGGCAAAUAAUAAAUGCAUUUGUCUGUAAGACAAACCUUCA